AUGGACCCCAAAGGCUUUAAUCUCAUCGACGUCACGUGGAGUAUGGACCUGGGCCUUGCUGCUUUCCCCGGUCGCGGCGCUUCGGCAGGGAAAAACUCGGAAGGCAGCACCGCAAUGUCGUGGUCAAUGAAUAACUCAACCCUCGGCGCGAACCAUGUCAUCUUCAUCACACCUGCACAUACGACGUCGAUGUGCCCCUCUGCAGAACCCUUUGUUACCAUCACCAGCUCGGCAUCAAGCAAAACCAUCUGCUCUGACGAAUACGCGCUCCAGCCUACACCGCGCCUUCCCGGCUACCCCAAAGGCAUCAUGGCCUUACGCCCAGCAGCGCUGGCGCUAAGUGCGACCAGCCCACUGCUCCGACGGGCAACGAUGCAGCCCGCGACGAUGCAGUCCGUCCUCCGGCUCGCGACCUCCUCCGCUCGCCCGACCGCCACCGCCUUCACUCGGACCCCCGGCCUGGGCCUCGCCCUCCAGCUCCAGCAACAGCAACAUCAGUACAGACUCUUUGGAACCAACAAUGCCAUCUCGCGCAACCUUCUCGCCACGAGAGAGUCGGCAGCGAACAGGAACCCCGGCAGCGCGACCGCGCAGAACGCAUUCUACCAGCUCCUCCUCAAGGCCAACAUGCCCGCCAUCGUCAUCGAGCGCUACAACUCUGGCCGGUUCGCGAGAAACGAUGCGGUGGAUCAGGCAUAUGCGCAGGCGAUUGGCAUGCAGAGCACCGGCGCCGUCGGCGGGAUGGGUGGUCACGACCACCUGCCCUCCGCCUUUGGCAAUGUCGGCACGCUCGGCGGCCAGGAGUUGAACCAGCAGUCCCCCGGGAACCUGAGCCAGGCGCAGCUGCAAGCUGUUGGCCAGGCUCUGGCUGCGAGGUCGCGCGACUCGAACAUGGCUACCGCAAAGGUCCAGGGCAAUGGCCUCCCGACCAGCCCGCUGCACGUUGUUGUAGACGAGUCAUUCGGUGGCGUCAUCUUCCGCUGGGUCAAGUUCGUCUUGUGGUUUUGUCUCUUCACGUAUCUCAGCUUGGUCGUCGUCACGAUGCUGGUCGAGGGUCUCAACCUCUUCAAGCGACCCGGUGGCAAAGUGGACAGCGAGGCCAAGGCCGAGAACCAGACUACCCGUUUCGCAGACGUGCACGGCGCCGAUGAGGCCAAGGAUGAGCUCCAAGAGCUGGUCGACUUCCUCCGCAACCCCGACAAGUUCUCCACCCUCGGCGGCAAGCUUCCCAAGGGUAUCCUGAUGGUUGGACCCCCCGGUACUGGUAAAACUCUCUUGGCCCGCGCCGUUGCCGGUGAAGCUGGCGUCCCUUUCUUCUACAUGUCUGGCAGUGAAUUCGACGAGGUCUACGUCGGUGUCGGUGCCAAGCGCGUCCGCGAUCUCUUCGCUUCCGCCAAGUCCAAGUCUCCCGCCAUCAUCUUCAUCGACGAGCUCGACGCCAUUGGUGGACGCCGCAAUACUAGGGAUGCCGCCUACCACAAGCAGACGCUCAACCAGCUCUUGACGGAACUGGACGGUUUCGAGCAGAACAGCGGUGUCGUCAUCAUCGCUGCCACUAAUUUCCCGGAACUUCUCGACAAGGCUCUUACCCGACCUGGACGUUUUGACCGCCACGUGACCGUUCCCCUGCCUGAUGUCCGCGGCCGUAUUGAGAUCCUCAAGUACCAUGCCAAGAAGAUCAAGGCCGCCCCCGAGAUCAACUUUGAGGCCAUUGCUUCCAGCACUGGCGGCCUCUCUGGUGCCGAGCUCGAGAACAUUGUCAACCAGGCUGCCGUCCGCGCCAGCAGGCUCAAGAAUGCUGCCGUCUCCAUGACGGAUUUCGAGUGGGCCAAGGACAAGGUCAUCAUGGGUGCGGAGAAGAAGAGCAUGGUCAUCAGUCAGAAGGAGAAGGAGAUGACUGCCUAUCACGAGGCCGGUCACGCCUUGGUGUCUUUCUACCAUGAGAGCGGUCCCAACAAGCUUUACAAGGUUACCAUUUUGCCUCGCGGCCAGAGUCUCGGACACACUGCACACCUUCCUGAGAUGGACAAGUAUUCGUACACGACGAGGGACCUCAAGAGUCUGAUUGAGACCUCUCUGGGCGGAAAGCUCGCCGAAGAGCUGGUCUAUGGCACCGACAAGGUGACCACCGGUGUCUCAAGCGAUCUCAAGAAUGCCACAAACCUGGCUUUCCAGAUGGUCGCUCUGUACGGCAUGUCUGCGAAGCUCGGCCCCGUGGAGUACGGCGAGCGCUACAACCAGCUCAGCUCAGAGACCAAGGCUCUCAUCGAGUCCGAAGUGCAGCGUACCUUGACGGAGUCAUACGAAAAGGUGCGCGAGCUGCUCACAUCAAGGCGCAAGGAGCUCGAUCUCCUGGCCAAGGCCCUCGUCGAGUACGAGACGCUGGACAAGAACGAGGUAGAGAAGGUCAUUCGCGGCGAGAAGCUUCUUGACCGCACGCCCAUGCCUCAAGGCCCUAUGAAGGUGCCUGCAAGCUCGGGCGUUGAUAUCGGUCAGACGAUUCCCCCGCCGUUCCCUCCUCCUGCCGGACCCGCUACGCCUCCGCCGGCGCCACCGCCACCUGCGACUUCUACGGGUGGCAUCGCUCCUGGAUCCAACCAGAAUGCGAGGGCCGAGUCGCGGCCCGUUGGGAGGCACUCGCAUGGACUUACAAUCUUGGUCAACGUGCUACUGGCCAAAGGCGAAGAAAAGCAGCAGGGUCUCUCGGAGGGCAAGACCGACUCUGUUGGGGUUUUGAAACUCCCCAUCACAGCGACGCAAGCGGACCGUUUGUUGGAAACCGACGAUCAACUUUUUUCCUGGUUGACCGCCAAGGUUACUGGCCGUCUGGUCCAAUGGUUGGCAGAUAGCGAUGGACUUGAGAAAGGGGCAGCCCACAGCGGGAGAAGUGGUCUAGAGCCGGGCCGGGGAUUGUGUCCUCCACUAACAUCUGGGGUAAAAGACCCCAUCGGCAGCGGCACCAAUUUGGCGGGCACCGCCACCAUGUCGGACAAGGCGUCGGAACGGCUUCAGGCUCUGGGCAAGCAGCUCGAUGCCCCUCCUCCUGUCAAGAUUGCCGGGCCGUCUGCGGCGCCUCGGGUACCUGGCAAGGUCGUGAUUAUUACAGGCGCAAACUCUCUCAUGGGUAUCGGUCGCGCGUCAGCACAUCAAUUCGCCGAGAACGGCGCCCGCGCCAUCUACAUUUGCGAUUACGCCGACGACAACCUCGCCUCUCACAAGAAGGAGCUCAAUAAGCUGUACCCCAAGGUCGAGGUCCACACCCGCCAAUUCGACGCUGCCGAGGAGAGCGCCGUCAAGGAGGUCGUUGCCCACGCCAUGACAACGUACGGCAGACUGGAUAUCUUCUUCGCCAAUGCCGGUAUUACCGGACCUCAUAACCUGUUUACCGAUAUCUCGUCGGAUGACUUUAUGCAGAACCUGCGGACGAAUACGUUGAGCGUCUUCCUUGCCGCCAAGCACUCCGCCCCCGCCAUGCGCAAGACCUCGGCAGACAAGCCCACCCCGGGCGGUAGCGUCAUCCUCACCGCCUCCGUAGCCGGCAUCCGCUCCAACGCCGGCACGACGCCGUACUCGGCGGCCAAAGCGGCCGUCAUCUCCGUCGCGCAGACGUGCGCGUACCAGGCGGCCGGCACGAACGUCCGCGUCAACGCCAUCUGCCCGGGCCUCAUCGAGACGGGCAUGACGUCGCAGAUGUGGGACCAGGCGCGCGCCCGCGGCACGACGGGUCGGAUCGGGCAGAUCAACCCGAUGAAGCGCGGCGGGCACGCCGACGAGAUUGCGCGGGUGGCGCUGUUCUUGGGCAGCGACGAGAGCAGCUACGUCAACGGGCAGGCGUGGGCUGUCGAUGGCGGGUUGAGCGCGGGACAUCCGUACGUAGUUGGGAAGCUUGCGAACAGGCGAUCCAAGAGGGGGCUGGGCCUUGGAGGGGGUCAAAAGGUGGGCGAAAGGUGGACAGAGAUGGUGGGCGGCCGAGGUUAUCUCUGGCCGGCUUCUGGGGCCGGCCGCACAGAUUGGAAGGAGGUUAAAGUAAUGAAGCUCGCCGCUCCUGUGAAGUCAUUGGGUCUGGAAGCACGUCCAGAGUUCGAACUGGAGAAGGAAGGGGGGAGCAGAGUCGCAUUGACUCCUCUUCGAUCAACGGGGAGCAUUGAAUCGUUGAUAGGGAUCUCCAAUAAGCUUGAACGGGUUCGGACGCCAUUACCACUUUCCAUCCUCGAUGCCCAUCUUCCGGAUUCCUCUUUUACUACGGGUAUUAUCCACCAUAUUCACCUAAGGCCCAAGGUAGGCAGGCCAGGAGAACUAGCUGCCGUCUCCGCAUCGCCAUACAACGUCGUUCAUUACAUUCACUGCCGUUCUCAUUCGCCCAUGACGCGGCCGCCAUUGAUUGCAAAUCCCACUUUUCAAGGGCUGGAGUCGCUGGAUUCCUGGACUUUGCCUUACCUCCUCAAAGCUCCGAAAGAUGAAACCCACCCAAAUUGGAUCUCCAGGCACGUCUGUACGCCUUUGGUCAAGAGAUCUCUUGGCAGAGUGUCGGGCCGCGUCAUGGGGAAAAAGGGAGCACUAUCCUCCUUCCUCCUUGAUCCAAACGAGUUUUCGGCCGAGCCACGUAACCACUUCCCGGCCGUUGCCCACAUUCCGGAUACGCCAUCCCAAACCGCCGCUCCCCGGGGGUUUCCCAAAGGACCCCACUCACACCCCGAUCCCCGAGGAGGAGUAGGAACCAACUCGAUCCCAAACUACAUCCCCCAACUACAGAGUACCUUGCUUGAGGCUAAACCAUACAGUGGCUCCGAACGACAUUGUCACGCCCCUCAUACGCCGGUCGAAACGACUCUGGGAGGGAAGGUGACGACGAUGUCUCGCCAGGCGCCCGCGCGCGGGAGUGUGGGGAACGCCAACGAAACGGAGAGAGAGAGAGAGAGAGACGAGAGUCUUUACUUGGUACGGAAUGUAGUUGCUUUUGCGUGCUCCGUGCUCGACUUGUCGUGCCGGGAUACGGUGUUGGCCGAGGAGGUCAAGAUUCCUGCCAGAAAGACGAAAUAUCUCUCCUUCUUCUCACCAGGCUCUUCACCUCCAUCACAACCCCUCGUCGUCUCGUCCUUGAAUAUCCAGAGAUUCAUCACCAUGGCGCUCCGCUCCGCCCUCGCCGCGGCCCUGGCCCUCUCCCCCUUCAUUGGGACAGUCGCAGCCCAUGGCAGCCACACGACCGACGAGAUUGCCGCAGAGAUCGUCCUCCGCGACGUCGUCACCGUCCACGGCAAGCGCGCCCUGGACGCCUGCUCCAACUCCCCUGCCGCCCUGGCCCUCAAGCAGCGCGCCCUCGAGCGCCGCGCCAACAUGGCCCAGAUGCUCCGCGAGAAGCGUGGCCUCACCGAUCAGAAGAUGCACCAGAAGCGCACCCAGGCCGACCUCGUCAAGUGGGCCGCCGUCGACCACGAGUCCACCGAGGCCUACAACCUCGACACCCCUCUCGAGGACAUCUUUGGUUCCAACGCCACCUGCGCCCUCGUUCCCUUGACCACCAUCGGCCCUUACUACGUCGAGGGCGAGCUCAUCCGCGUCGACACCACCGACGGCCAGGCCGGCGUCCCCGUCCACCUCGAUAUUCAGUUCGUCGACAUCAACGACUGCACCGCCGUCCCCGAGCAAAUCAUUGACGCCUGGGCCUGCAACGCCACCGGCGUCUACUCGGGCGUCUCCGCCCGGGGCCAAGGCGGCCUCAACACCACCCACGGCCGCGGCGUCCAGAAGUCCGACUCGGACGGCGUCGUCCAGUUCGACUACGUCUUCCCGGGCCACUACACCGGCCGCGCCACCCACAUCCACAUCAUGUCCACCGACGGCGCCACCAUCCUCCCCAACGGCACCUUCGAGGGCGGCACCGCCCGCAACAUUGGCCAGCUCUUCUUCGACCAGGACCUCAUCUCCGAGGUCGAGACCCUGGCCCCCUACACCAGCAACACCCAGACCCUCACGACCAACCUCCAGGACGGCAUCGCCGCCGGCGAGGCCACCGCCGCCUACGACCCCUUCCUCAAGUACGUCCGCCUCGGCGAGGACCUCAACGACGGCCUCCUCAUGUGGAUCACCAUCGGCAUCGACACCACGGCCGACUACAGCGACGAGGUCCGCGCCGCGGCGCACUACUACGAGGGCGGCGGCGUCGACCAGAGCAGCGGCGGCGACGGCCCCGGUGGCCCUCCUCCCAAUGGUACCUUUCCUACCGGUGCUCCCCCGGACUUCGGCGCUAUCGGCAGCGGGGACGGGGAUCGCCGCCGCUAUCACGGGCCGCCGAUUAACCCCCGCAUCGGCCCCACCAACAGAAAACAUCCCCCCGCCAUGACGUCCCCGCCGUUCUAUCAAUCCAGAGCAAUCAAUAUGACCCCUUAA